AGAUGAAAUAAUUUAUAGCGCAGCCCGUAUUGGUACUUUUAGCAGCUAUACCAAAAUUUACCCCUCCCCGUGCAUUGUAGAGCAGUUUAUUGAACAAGGGUUUAGGGUUCAACAAAACAUUUUCUGCAAAUAGGUUUUACUCCAAAAUUCAGCCAUUGGAAUUUGAAUCCAACCGCAAAAUCGUUGCCCAGUGUUAGGACUGAGCAUUGUGUGCAUUGUUUCAUACUGCAAUUUUAUGUGUGCGAAUCACCAUUUAAAUUAAACAAGGUAUUCGGCCAAUUUGGAGUAAAUGGCCCUGCUUUCUGGCGUUAGGCGUCUGCUGGGAGGAACUACAAGUGGUCGUCUUUUAGCCGCCAGGGAGCCCUGUGUAGCCAUUGCAUCUUCUUCAAUGUGCACCACAUCAGAUGAGACUGUCACUAAAAAGCUCUUCGUAAGCGGACUUUCCAGACAAACCACUGACGAAGGCUUGAGAAAUGCAUUUUCAAAGUUUGGGAGACUCCUUGAAGCAAGAGUUGCAACUGAUAAGGUUUCUGGACGAUCAAGAGGGUUUGCAUUUGUUAGAUAUGCUACAGAAGAAGAGGCUGCUAAAGCUAAAGAGGGGAUGGAUGGCAAAUUUUUAGAUGGAUGGGUUAUUUUUGCGGACUUUGCGAAACCUAGACCCCCCAAGCCACCCACUCCUCCUGAAGAGCCAAAUCCAUAUGGUCUGAAUAUACAAAAAACUAUUGGUUGGUGUGGAUGAUGUACCUCUAUAUAUCUAUAUCUAUUCUAUCGUGAUUGUAGUGAGGAUUUUGUAUUGGCAAUGUCUGAGUCACCACUCUCAGUUUAAUUUUGCUACAUUCCAAUUAGAAACAAACACAAAUAAACUAAUUUCUAGUAAAAAUUAUUUAAGAUCACAAUUUUUUUUUUUAAUCACCUCAUUUUGAA